AUGGCAUCACCAACAUUUGAUCAAACACAAUUUCAAACACCAAUUAAAAAAUGUCCAAUAUCAUCAUCACCAAGUUCUCCAUCAUCUAUUUCAACAACAUCAACAGAUCCUAAACAACGUUCAAUAACCGGUAGUAGUAGUAAUAAUACUAAUGAUGAAACAAUUACAACAAUUAAAAUGGAAGAUGGAACAGAUGAAAUUAAAAUAUUUUCAGCAUCGACAAUAAAAAAAAAUGACCCUGAUGAUGAUAUUGAUGUCGAUGGAAUUGAGGAUCGUCUUUCACCAGUUAUUGAAACACCAACAAGUCCUGAUAAAAAUGAUCCAUUGCAUAGUAGUAUUUCUGGUUUAUAUACAUCACCAUUCCUUUAUCCAUAUUUUCAUCCAAUGUUUCAUCCAUAUUUAAUGGCUGCAGCUGCACAAGCAAAUGCUGCUGGUUCAUCAACAGAUAAAUCAUCAGAUGGACAGAAUCUACUUACUUCUAAUCCAUAUGGUGGUGCACCUUCACCAUUUUCUGGUUUCAAUCCAGGUAUGCCUUUUCCUUCAUUAUAUCCACCUGGUAUGGGUAAUCAAUCAUUUCGUCCCAAUCUUUUCAAUCCAUUUGGUAUACCUAUUCCGGCACCUGGCGUUCGACCACCACAAGCUCCAUCCGCAUCAUCAUCUUCUUCAUCAUCUUCUAAUCGUCAUCAUCAGAAUUAUGAUGGAUCUCCUCGAAAUCUCAGUGUUCUUCUCGAUGCACAACAACAACGUGCACGUGUUAUUGAAGAAUGUACAUUAAAAGAAUCAUCAGCUAUAAAUAAAGUUCUUGGACAAAAAUGGAAAGAAUUACCUCGAGCUGAACAAGAUAGAUAUUAUGAAUUAGCAAAAGAAGAACGUAAUCGUCAUAUGCAAUUAUAUCCUGGUUGGUCAGCACGAGAUAAUUAUGGUUUAAAAAAGAAACGACAAUCAAGUGGUCAUACACCUGUAUUAAAUAAUUCACAUAAGAAAGCACCAAGAGAAAAUAAUUCUAUGGUUAAUAGUCCAGGACAUUUAAAUCAUGGUAGUCCGCAUCGUUAUGGCCAACAACAUCAUUUAAUCAAUAGUCCACAUAUGAAUUCAAAUAAAAAUCCAAUGCAAUUAGAGAAUGAUUGUCUAAAUCAAAAGAAAUGUCGAGCAAGAUUUGGAUUAGAAGGUCAAAGUCAAUGGUGUAAACAUUGUCGACGAAAGAAGAAAUGUACAAGAUUUCUUGAAGAAGAUAUGUCAAAUCAUGCUAAUAAUAAUAAUAUGAAUAGUUAUCAUAAUCCAUCAAUGAAUACUCAUGGAAGAAAUAAUGGUAAUCCAUCAUUAAUUAAUUCACCACGAACAAAUCAAUCGGAUGAUGAUGAUGAUGAUGAUUCGGUAAAUGAACCUGAUGGUGAUGAUAUAUUAUCUCGACAAGUUGAUACAAUUGAAGAUGAUGAUGACGAAGAUGAGGAUGAUGAUGAAGAUGACAGUGAUGAAGAAAAUAAACAACAACAUCAUCAUCAACAACCUGUUUCACUUGUUUAUAAACCAAUUCCAUCAAAAAUUGAUUCUCAUCAACACCAAUUUCAACCACCACCACCUGCACAUUUAUAUCAACCUUCAACAUUACCAUCUCAUUUUACACCUAACUUUCAUUAUUAA